AUGUUUCAAAAGUGCGCUGACCCCUGCGGCGACUGCUGCCAGGCCGGCGAGCAGCCGCGCGCUGAAGCCGCGGGUCUGCCCCAGGUCGUUCUGACGCCUCGAGGCUACGAGGGCACGACUCUGCGCGUGGUUGCAGAGGCCACUGACGCCUCCCCCCGUUCUGAGGGAGUUGCCAGCGUCCACCGCCUCCACGGCACGCAGGAAUCUGUCAGAUCCGUCACCCAGGAGCACGCCGACCGAUCUCGCGCAGUCGCCCUCGCCGAGGAAACAGAGAGACAAUGGGUCGCUAUCACAGCCUACCAGCCUAUUGACACCGUGACUAAGACCGUCGAAGUGCCGGUAGUGCGCACUGUGGAGACUUACGUGCCCAAGGUUGUCGUCGAAGAAAAAAUCGUCGAGGUGCCCAAAUACGUGCCCGAAUAUGUCGAGAAGGUCGUGGAGGUCCCCGAGGUUCAGUACGUCGACAAGAUCGUGGAAGUCCCGGAGUACCAGUAUGAGUACAAGUACGUGCCCAAGGUCGACACCCAAGAGAACGUCAUCCAGCGCCCCAAAUACGAAACCAAGUACAUCGAGAAGAUCGUCGAGGUCCCUCAGAUCAAGGAGGUUGUCCGCUACCAGGAGGUGGAGGAAGUCGAGGAAGUCAUUCGCUACGUGGCAAAGGACUCCGUGGUCCCCGAGGAGUGGAAACGCAUCCAGGAGGAGCAGGAGAAGCGCGAAGAGGAGCUGAAGCAAAAGGAAGGUCGCGAAGAGGAGGAACUCAAAGCUGUCCUCGAGGAGGAGCGCAAGCUGCAUGAGGAGAGAGUGAAGGAGCAGAUGCGCGUCCAGCAGCAGAUCAUUCAGCAGCAGCUCGCAGCUCGUGCGGAGGAACAGCGUCUCAUCGAAGAGAAGCGCCAGGCUGAGGAGGUCAACUACCAUCUAGCCGAGGGCGCGCCUCCGAUGCCCGCGAUCCCCAAGGUUGAGCAGGUCUUCAAGCCGAAGGUCAUCAAGCAGGUGGAGAUCCAGAAGCACGUCCCCAUCUCGGUGGAUGUCCCCGUCCCGUACAUGGUGCCCAAGCCGGUUGUCGUCUCCGUCCAGGUGCCAGUCCUGAAGUUCCGCGACCACUUCGUGCCCGUGCCGGUGCGCAGACGCGUUGUGCCCCGCAUCAGGUGGACAAAUGAAGUGUACGAGGUGGAGUGCAUCAAGGAGAAGCCUUUCCUCCAGGUCCAGGACGUCAUCAAGCCUGUGCCGUGCGAUGUCGAGAUCCGCAUCCACGAGUAUGUCGAGAAGGCCGCGCCAAUCAACCCGGCGGAGCUGUCUCAGGCCGACAUCCACGCCAUGUGGAUGCGAGUCAACGCCGACUUGGCGGAGAAGAGAAAGCAAGAACUGGGCGACAAGUAUCCGUAUGUCAAGCAUCCGCAAGGCACCGUGUUCGGCGAGCCAGGCUGCAGCGCAGAGGAAGGCGAAGAGGGAGGCGAGCAGCGCGAAGGCGAGUCCGGUGGCGCGGAGCCGCUCGCACUCCACCCGGGUCACCCGCUCAACAUGACCUACCUGCAGAAUGAAUGGAUCAAGAAGGACACCAUUUCCACGCACGAAAUGUAUACUCCCGAGUGGUUCGAGGCCCACCAGAAGGCGCUGUACAACCUCACCAUGCAGCAACCCACUCAGGUGCAACUGAGCGCCGAGCAGGCGGCGCAGCUCCAGCAGCAGCAGGCGCAGUUCGGUGACGCGCCGUGGAUGGAGGAGUCCCGCGCCGGAGCGACUGUCCGCAGCCAAGACGGAGCCUCUGAGAGCUCUCAGGCGCAGGAAGCCGCGCAGUAG